CCUCCUUCCUCCCUAAGGGGGAAGUGGUUUUCAAGUCUGAGUCACAGGAGCUCCAGCUGCCUUGUCCCUUGGGUGGGUGCAACUGUGCUGAUGGCCUGGAGGGCUCCAUUCAAACCCAGCCUCUGGCUCCAGCUCUCAGAGUGACCCCGGAGCUUUCACUAGGCCUGCCCCCUCACUGCCUUGUGGCAGUCUGCACGUGCAGUUCCCUGGGCUGGAGACUUGAGACCAGCUGGACAAGUCCAAUCACCUCUCCCCAGUUUCCUGUUGAGACCUUAUCUCCCAGUUCCAGCCCCCUCCAACCUCUGGACUCUCCCUUUGCCCUGUCCCCCACUUCUACAAUGGGACACUCCCCGCUAUCAGGUCAAUCAGGCAUCUGUGCACAGGAGGGUGACUAUGGUGAGGACUGUCUCUGGAAAAUGAGUGCCCAAGCUGGACGGGGCAGGGAGAAGUCCUUACCCUUUAUCUGCUCCAUGUCUGCCACCAGUUUUUCUUUUGGGGAGGUCAUCCUGUCAUCCCUCUGCCCCUAGACCCCUUUUUCAACAUUCCCUAAGCAGGAGAGCGUGCAGUCUCCUGCGAGCCUGGUCAGUCUCACCCCUCUGGCCAUUCCAAGACGGCCUUGGGUCUCAGUCCAACCUGCGCCGACACAUUUGGGUCUACUCGUUGGUGGAUUUCAGUCCCAUUACGGGUUCCAGUCUCUGGUCCUUGAAGGAGGGGCUGGGAGGUGCGGGGAGUAGAAGGUCUGGCUUCCCCUGGCAAUGUAAUCGUCUCCUUUCCCUUCACCCUUCAGAGCCACACACCGUGAUGGAGACUCCUCUUGAGAAGGCCCUGACCACUAUGGUCACGACUUUCCACAAAUAUUCGGGGAGAGAGGGCAGCAAACUGACCCUUAGUAGGAAGGAACUAAAGGAGCUGAUCAAGAAGGAGCUGUGUCUUGGUGAGAAGAUGAAGAAGAGCAGUAUCGAUGACCUGAUGAAGAGCCUGGACAAAAACAGCGACCAGGAGAUCGACUUCAAGGAGUACUCGGUGUUCCUGACCACGCUGUGCAUGGCCUAUAACGACUUCUUCUUGGAGGACAAGUGACCGGGGCUCAGCUCCUUGCCCUUGGCCUCUGCAGCUCCUCUCACAGACCCUCUGUGGCCCCUUGCGCUCCUCUCCCUCUCAGAUGGCCCUGCUUCAGACUUCUCUCCCAUCAAAGCAAAUAAAGAUUUCCCAUUCCAGGUG